AUGUGGCUAAUAAAUAAAACCAGCGAGUUUGAAUUUCUGUUUCUUGGAUUGUCUGAAAUCCCAAAUGCUCAGCUUCCACUCUUCCUGCUCUUCCUCUUGAUAUACACCAUAACUCUGAUUGGCAACCUCCUCAUUCUUCUCCUGAUCUUCACCGAUUCCCACCUCCACACGCCUAUGUACUUCUUCCUCAGUAAUCUUGCUUGUGUCGAUGUCUUUUACUCCUCAGUGACCUCGCCUCGGAUGCUCUAUGAUUUCUUCUCUAGGAACAAGACCAUCAGCCUCUCCAACUGUAUCACCCAAUUCUUCUUUUUCUUCUCCUUCAUCUGCAUUGAGCUGUACCUGUUGGCGGCAAUGUCCUACGACAGGUAUAUCGCUAUCUGCCAGCCAUUGCACUACAUUCAAAUAAUGCACCCCAAGUUCUGUGCCAAAAUGGUGUCUGCAGCUUGGACCAUUGGCUUCCUCACCUCCACGAUUCAUACCAUUUGUACAAAAAGAUUGUCCUUUUGUGGGCCCAACACCAUUUAUGGCUUCUUCUGUGACUUACCCCAGUUGUUCUUGCUUUCUUGCACCAAUACGUUUAUCAAUGUCCUGGUAAUGUUUGUUGUUGGAACAUUCAUGGGGUCGGGGGCUCUGGGUAUAACAUUUGUCCCAUAUAUCCACAUAUUCCGUACCGUUAUGGGAAUUCAGACCAGGAAAGGGAAACUGAAAACCUUUUCCACCUGUACAUCACAUCUUAUGGUAGUUUUUAUUUUUUAUGGGACCCUUAUUUUCACUUACCUCCGUCCCACCCCAAGUUCUUCUGCUUCUGAUGACCGCCUGGUGUCCAUCGUUUAUACAGUUCUGACCCCAUUAUUAAAUCCCUUAAUCUACAGUUUGAGGAACAAAGAUCUGAAGGAAGCCUUAAGAAGAACUCUGCAAAAAAUCCUAGAAAUCAAUAAAAAAUAA